AUGCUGGAGAAAACAGAUCCUUUCUAUUAUAAGAGGGUGAAGUUCUGUCUGUGUGAUCACUGUACUGAAGGUUCAGAGGAAUUGCAGAGAUACAAGAGUAAUUAUAGCUCUGACAGUCGAAGUUCUGUUGAUUCGUUACUGAACGGAGCCGGCGAAAAGUUGGUUCCAACGGUUUCUUGGGACACAGUACCUAUCGAGGGUGUAUCUAACGAGGAAUCAGGGUACGACAGCGAUCCUCAUAAUUUGGAUUACGCUCUGGAUCGAUUUUACGAUAGUGAUGAUUCACAUGACGAUAUACGCCAUGGCCGGGGAUCAUCAAGGACUCACUUGGGAAUCACCCCAACCCUUACAGACAGAGUACGUGGAUCCUCGCCUAUGAGACCGAGGCAAAACAAUGAUUUCACAUUUCAGCUUGAUGUUGGAGGCAGUAGCAAUAAUCCAAAGAUUUUCUUUGGCCCUAACGGGGAAAUCAGAAGAAGGGACUACCCCAGCAGACCUGUUUUAUUUAAUAACGCGUUGAUCAGGACACAGUACCAUAAGGAUUGGAAGCAUGAGUGGAGACAGCGAGUAGAAAAAAUGGAGGAGAGAAAAGAGACCGGCGUCAGUACGUACUUCAAAUUUCCUGAGAUUCUAUUUCCGAAAGUGAAAGUCGAUUUAACAGAUGCCCCUUUGGUCAACGACAAUGGGGAAAUGAUACAAAAGGAAAGAAGGGCUAGCAUCAAAAGACAUUUGAAAGUUGUUCGAACCCCUGUUGGAUUGGUAAAGACGCCAAGAACUAUCCUUGUGCAUAUAAGUGGUAGAGAACAUACAUGGGUUGCACUAGAUUGGGCUAUGGCCGAAUUGGCUGAGGACAUUGAUUAUAUAGUUAUUAUUGCAAAUAUUCCCAGAAGAGAUUGGUCGACUAGAAGUGGUUCUUAUACGAGAUCGAGGUCAGCAUCGAGAUCUCGCUCUCGUUCUAGAUCUAGGAUGAGAUCUGUCUCUCGGACUCGGGAAUUCGGUACCGAUGAUGAUCAACCUGAUGCUACUUGGUGUGACGGUUGCACGGUUGGGGAAGUAAAUGACUUGCUUCAGCGGCUCAUCGAAUAUUCUACUUUGAUCAUGGGUGGUAAGAAGCUCAAAAUAACAGUUGAAAUUGUGAUCGGUUCGACUUCGCAAAUAUUGAUUGAUUCAUUAAAUGCGUACGCUCCAGAUUUUUUUGUCAUCGGCAGUUCUAUUGAUAAAUAUGGCUCGGGAUCAGUUGUUGUGCAUAAGUCAAGACAUUUGGCUCCGGUGCUGAUGCAGUAUUUCCCUAUUCCCGUUUUUUUUGUGGCUGCAAGGAGGAUGGGAUGGUUCGAAAAGAAGUUGCAGCGAGAUAUUCUAUUCAAACAACGAGUCUUACCGUCAGAUAAGGACACUGAUCUGGAUGUCUCAUCAUUCAGUGUUUCCACAACGGAAACUGAUGACACUGAAAACGAAGACACCGAUGAUGAUGAUGAUGUGGAGACAACAUCAAAUUUGUCUUUAGGCAACAGAGAAAAAACUGUAAAGCAAAUUCAAAAGCUAAGACACAAUUACCGUUGUCUUGUUGACAAAAAGCUUAAAUUAUUGGAUGAAGAUACGGGACUUCCAACACCUGAACAAUAUUAUGGGAAAAUGGAUUCUAUCAUUAAUGCUACUUUGAACUUCAACAAAGAGCUCGAAACCUGGGGUGACUCUGCCGAUAUGGCUGAGAUCAAAAGAAGUAUAACAGGUGGUGUACGGCCCAGAGUCAUGAAGAAGAAAUCUAUGCUUGAUUUCUCGGAUCUUCCUCCCAAGAGAAAAUCAAAAAUUCCAACUGAACAUGAGAACUCAAAGGAAACAAUGGACUUCAAUCAAAAUACUUUCAAGAAUAAAAAAUUACCCAAAGUUGUGUUAAGCUCACCUCCUCCAUCCCGACCAGUAUCCCCACUCGCUAACAAUGGAGAGGGAGGUAUCAAGUUUGCUAACUCAGUGAAAUCAAAGGAUGGAAAGGGAGCUAUUCAGCGCAUCAAGUCUUAUGAUCCAUAUUCGCAGAAUUCUGAUCCAUUUGAUAGAGAAGAUUCUGCGCUAUCAUUGAGCGUGGUAAGAUCUCAUCAACCCAAGUCGGAUUCAACUUCGUUGAGGAAAGUAUUGAGUACAACUUCUCUAGAUAAGAAAGAGUCGAAAAAAGGUAGACUUCUUUCAUUUUUAUUUGGGGGAGGCUCCAAUAACAACAUUGGUUCUAAUAGCUCAAAUUCAAGUCCAGUGGUCAGCGAAAGCAACUCAAGGAGAGGUAGUAUUGCCAGUCAAUCUUCAAGUGAUUCGACUAAAAAAAGGAGAAGCAUAUUUGGUUUAAAAAAAUAG